AUGAUAAUUCUGCAGGUGUACGGGUGUCUACGCGCGAACUACACCUCAUUCAGUAAAGAUUCGAUCUACCAAAUCAAACGCCAACUACUUUUCUUUCCAUUCCUUAUUUGCAUGUCCCUGGACCGCUUUGCAUUUUCAGCCCCGGCGCGAACGAAGGUUCUAGUGGUUCCUGUGGGCGCUAUUGGCGCAGGCGCCUUUUCGCGGCGUUUCGACCUUCUUCGCCAGUGUAACGAUAUUCGUCUUUUGGACGUCGCGCCGCUCCCGUCCUGCCACUUCAACCCACAAUCUUUCCCGCAAGGCCGAGUUCUCUACCAAUUUUGCACUCAGCCCGACGACGAAACGGCGUUUUUGCACGACUUUGAACCCUUUCGAAAGACGUUACUUGUUGUCGGUUUAGGUGCCGAAACAGGCCCUGAAGAUGCUGCAAAAGAGUUGAAAACCCUUGCAGAGAAUUAUCCCACAGCCAUCGUGCACAAUUGCAUUUUCUUCGGCCUGCUGCUGUCUGAAGACCCCCUGGCGCCAGCUCAGCAUUUUUACGUUUCGCCCGAGGCUGAACGUUCGGUCACAGGCGUCGAAACCGUCAUGUGUGCUAUCACACGCAAUUACCUCCAAGCUUUAGACGCUUAUGCUGCAUCUUUUGCAACUAUCACGCUUCGAUCCCCGGUCUCCUUGACCGACGGACACGUUCUCACUCGGUCUAUCACGUAUGCACAAAAACGCUUGAGCUCUGGCCUGGGCACACUGGCCUUUCUGGUCUUUGCAGCCCCUCCAGUUGCCGACUCUAAACUUCGCCUGCUGCAAAAACAAUCUGGCCGUCAGGCUAAACUCAUGGGCAAUUUCUUUUUAUUGGCUGGCCGUUGUGCGGACGCACUACAGUACUUCACGGACGCCGCAGUGAAUUGCAAAAAAACUGAAGAUUACUUAUGGCUAGCUAGUGCCUUGGAAGGCUUAGCUGUGGCAGCACUGCUUCUUCUGUUUUUAGGCAUGCCCUAUCACGUGCAGAAUCCCAUGCUUCUGGCAGUAUUGAAUGUGCCGAAAAGUAGGCUCGCACCACCUCAGCAAAGCCGGCUUUCGAGUGAAUCUGUGGCUCGUGCUAGUACUACAGCGUCACCCCGAAAUUCUGUGAGUUCUGCGUCUCUAGAUCUUUCUCGUUUGCAUCUUCCGGCAUUCUUGCGUCUCUUAUGUACAAAGGCGUCUCAAUACUAUCAAUUGAGUACACUGGAAGUGGAAGACUGCGUUCCUGAUCUUGUCUAUGUGGAAUCACUCAUCCGCAGUGCCAAAUUCUUGGUCGCCGUACAUUUGGGCGGUGGGGAGUCUUUACAGGCAUUAUUGGAUUACCUCGUAAAGUCUGUACCGGUUAAACGGUUACCCAUACCGGAUCUGGCUCUGGUACUGCGCCAGGAUAUCAUCCAUGAGCUAGAUAAGCUUUUCUCUCUCCAGUUGGUGGAUCUCGAAUUUACAGAACAAUGUCGCGUGUAUUGUGCGCUUGCAUCUAUUUAUGCCGACCUUGGGCUCCAUCGGAAACAAGCUUUCGUGUUGCGUAUCUUACUUGUUUUGCUUCUUCCAAAACUCUCGCAUAUGGAACAAAAUGGUGCCAUCGCAGGUAUCACGUCUGUGGCAGCAAUAAGCAAUAUACUCGAGCUUCUUUUUCUGGUGUACAAAAUCAAUUGCGAGCCGGAACUGUCCGCAGUUCUGGCAAAGGAGAAUGCAUCUAACUGGGUAUCAUUGCAACUUCAACUCCUCAAAAUAUGUUUGCGGAUAGCAGAGGCACUAAAGGAUUUUCAUAUGCUAGCCAAACUUUGCAUUUUGGUUUUCGCCAGAUAUUCCCAUUGCUUGCCAGCUCAGGAACAAGUUAAGAUGCGCGACAAGCUCAAAUGGCUAACGCUUCUCUUCAACGAGGACCCAGAAUCUGUGCCGCUUCCGCAUCCUGACCCGUUUCUUGUCCGAGAUGCAACUUUUGUAUCGACGCUGGCAUGUUCUGCAUUACAGCCCUUCGUUGAUAAAGGAGGGUCAAGCGUACAAAAUGGCCCUGUGAUUUUCAAUCCCUAUAACAAAACGAAGCCUUCUCCCACGACCGAGCCAGUUAUCUGUGUGAAUGAUUUGCACCAGAUGAAGGUAUCGCUUCAGAAUCCAUUCAAGUUUACUGUGGAAUUGUCAGAAAUUGAGCUUGUCGCUGACAAGACAACCGAGACUUUGAAGCACCUUGUCAAGCCAGUAUCCACGAGUCAAGCGAAUAUCAAGCCUGAGCUCAGAAACGGUUCGGUGAACCCAAAAGUUUCUAUGGUCAGCAUGGACCAGUUUCUGGGCCAUCUGAACUCUGUUAUUUUGCCCCCAACUAGCACAACACAAGUUUUAGUUUCUUUCAAAGCGUUACAGGCGGGUGUCUUGACGGUGAAAGGAUUCAAUAUCCGUGUGGGAGCUGCUCCUCCCCAAUUUUUCCAAAUUGUUGAGCGGGAGAAGUUCAGCGGGUUUCAAAAGACUAAGCACAAUUGCAUUAAACACUCAGAAGAAGGUGUCCCUGCCCUCGACAAACUCCUAGACAAUUUAAGGAAUGGGAGAAUCGAGGACCGGGUAGCUACGAAAAAAAUCCUGCUUAACGUCAUCAGUGCACAACCAUCUUUAUCUGUGACGAAGAACCUGGUAACGAAUGGAUGGUUAAUGCUACUCGAAGGAGAAAAGAAAAAGUUCACCUUGGAGUUGAGGAAUACGUCUGAUGUUACGAUUGAUUACUUAUCGUUUUCUUUCUGGGAUUCGUACUCAGAAACUAUCACCGCCAAGCUAAACCAAACCGCACAGUAUACUGUUGAGGACGUUUACGAGCUAGAGUGGUCUCUUAUCAAGAAGAAACCUUUUUGUGUCAUCAACAAGCAGGAAAUUGCAUCACAGUAUAAGUACAUUCAGCCAGGAGGGGACGUGAAGAUAGAUUAUGAAGUCACAGGAAAGAAGGGUAUGCUGGAACUCAAGCUCAUUCUAGAAUAUGGCAACAAAAAAACCGAUGCUUCGACAAUUCCAGAUGUCGCAAAAUUGAGUUACAUGAAGAGCGUUAAUGUACCUCUAGAGGUUUCGGUCGAGCCUUCUUUGGAGAUCAUAGGGUUUGAUGUAUUGCCAUUCUUCUCGUCCUCAUUGUAUGGAUACACCUCGAAGAAUGGAGACAUGAGCAAUGACAUUGUUGAAAAAAAUAUGAAGUAUCUUCUCGAUUUCUUUACCAAGGCAAAAUCAAAUGACAAGGAUAGCAUUUCGAGCUAUUGUCUUCUUGUGUUGGACUUAAAGAACUUGUGGAAGCAGAAGCUUCUUGCCAAAGUCACUAACAAUGAUGUGGGGUUUGCUGUUAACGAAGUGCUUGACUCGAUGCAGACAAUACGUUUAUUGCUCCCAGUGAAGCGGAUAAAAUUUGACUGCGUCGAUGUAUCGAAGCCUGUUCCAUCGUUGCGAAACAAGCAGUUCGUGAAGAAUUAUAGCGUAACAGAAGAAGAGGAGGCUGCGAUCAGGCGCAAUUUUUGGAUUCGUUCCAGAUUGCUUGAAAAUUUGGUGGGCGAAUGGGCGACUGUUGGAAAAAAAUAUCAAAGAGCGGGAGAAAUCGAUAUGAGAUGUAUUCGUCUCAACAAUGUGAUGACCAACUCGUUGGUUUUCGAUAGUAUUCAAAUUCAGCACGCCAUAUUUCUCGCUGAUGGCUCGAAGCAAGAAGUUAGUAAGGAAGCAGACAGCUAUCACUUGGAGCGUGAGCAGUUUUAUGUGUUGAAGACAAAAAUCACUAACAACACUCUGCUCACCAUGAGCGGAGUUUUGCGCCAUGUUCCUUUUCCUGUGGAUGCCAAUACUAAACAAGACCUCUCCAUAGACCAGAAAAUCCUUUACAAUGGGGUGUUGCAGAAACACAUUGGCCGCGGUGCCAUAAAGCUGGGAGAGUCGCAUGAGGUUGUGCUUCCCUUCAUGAUUUUGGAGAAGGGCCGCUACGAGUGGGGGUGCGUUUUCGACAUUGACGGCACCGGAGAUAAGAUUCUUGGCCGCGAGCCAGUCUACAUCGUGGCGGCAUAG